AAAUUUCAGCACUGAAAGCUCAAUUCCAAGGAGGCUAUACUUUGAAAUAGAGAAGCGAAAAAAAGGAAAGUAACAUGCCUCCAAAUUUUUUCCAAAAACCGGAAACGGCACUUAAACGUGCCCAUGAGCUUAUUUCUGUUGGCAAGGAAAUGGAUGCAUUGGAAACGCUCCAUGAAACCAUAAAAUCAAAACGCCACAAGCAGUGGACGAAAACACACGAAGCAAUCAUGCUGAAGCAUAUGGAACUUUGUGUUUCAUUACGACGCCCACAUAUGGCCAAAGAUGCACUUUUCCAGUAUAAAACACUUACUCAACAGGUUGCCAUUAAAUCGCUUGAAACUGUUAUACAGCGGUUUCUGGAGCUUGCGCAACAGAAAACGGAGGAAGCGCAGAAGACUUCUAUUGAAAAGGUUGAAGAAAUUGAUGAUCUGGAUCAAGCCGAUGCUCCCGAAAAUUUGUUAUUGUCAGCUGUGUCUGGUGAUGCUGCACAAGAUCGAAUGGAUCGAACUGUGUUGAGUCCUUGGUUGCGUUUUCUAUGGGAUUCUUAUCGAAACUGUCUUGAUUUAUUAAGAAAUACUGCUGUGGUAGAGCAGCUGUAUCAUCGUAUUGCUAGACAGUCAUUUGAGUUCUGUGCGAAGUAUCAGCGGCGAACGGAGUUCCGUAAACUGUGUGAUAAUCUUCGACUACAUUUAACACAAAUUCAGAAGCACCAGCAUUUGGCUCAUGUGGUGAAAUUAACAAGUGCAGAAUCUUUGACUUUAAUGCAAGACACACGUUUAAUACAACUGGAUACAGCAAUACAAAUGGAAUUAUGGCAGGAAGCAUACAGAAGUGCGGAAGAUGUUCAUGGUAUGAUGCAACUAAGCAAGGAUAAAGAUGAACGCAUGGUUAAACCAGCAAGUUACGUCAAUUACUAUGAUAAGGUCCUUUAUUACUGUAUUUAA